AUGUUGCUUCUCGUUCCGUUUUUUGGGAUUUUGAUCGAUGCAGAGCCAAUUGGAUCUCUUGGAUGGAUUAAGCUGCACCGAUACGAUAACAAUCUGCAUUUAAUGGAGGAAAAUGGCACCAUAAAAGUUGAGGAUAUCAAAGCCAAAGAGGUUGAGCCGUUCAGAUUCAUAAAAGAAGACGAUAAGUUCAAAAUCAUGGUUGGAGACAAGUUCCUGUGCAUCAAAAGUCGGUUCGGUGAUGUCUACCUGUGCACGGAUGAGAACGCGGUGGGAUGGAAGACGUAUAGCUAUAACGACAAAAAUUACAUAACAAACGGCUAUGGAUGUCUGAAAAUGUCUAGAAUGGAUGGAAGUGGUUAUAAUGUUGUUGUAAGAAAGUGUUUGGAUAAUUUUUUGUACCACUGGGAUAUCGUGGGUGUAAACGACGCUAGAGUUCAUUCCGACCGCUUUUAUAUGCCGAGAAUAGAGCAUCGUCAUCCGGAUGAACUGAUACAGCCAGUGAGAGCCGGAUACGCAGAGUCACCGGUGAACGAGGAGACGAGUGAGGAGCUUACAGGUCCUACAAACAAGAAAACGAGGAGUCAUGAUGAGAAUGAAGGUCUCGAUAAAAAUAACGAGCACUCAACAACAGGAUUAGACGGAGAUGAGACAGAUAAGGACGAUGAGGGAUAUGAUGAGGAGGUGGAAUUGAAACCGAAGACAAUUGAAACAACAUCGGUAGAUCCAUAUCAUGCAGUUGAGAGUUACCAUAUAGAUGAACCAUCGUUACACGAAACCAGCAAUAUUUUCUCAUCCAUUGUUGAGGAACCGGAUAGCACGGAAGUUACCUUGGAUAAAUCUGUCACAGAAGAUCCGGAUGAAAUACUAACCAUUAUUGAUACACCUAAAAAUGACCGAUAUCUCCGUCAAAGAAGUGAAGUAGUGCCAGCGGAUAAGAAAAUGUUAAAUAGUUUAGUAGUGGUAAAACAACCCACCUAUAAUAAAAAGAUAGAUGAUGCGUCAGCUGUUGACAGUACCGAUAACGUGGAAGGUGAAACAGCAUCGAACAACGCGGCGACCAAGGAUGAGGCCUGGGUGCAUGGCGACCGACCAAAAAAAUACGUUGUAAUUAAGCACGGCGAAGCAGAUAUUACGACAAAAGACCUCACAAAGCAAAAGGAAAGAGCAGUUCAGCAGUCAAAGGAGAAUGUAAUACCUAACACUACAGAUAAAGAUAAAUCGAAACAUGCAAGCAUGCUUUCAAACACCGAAAAUGGCAAAACAAGCACAAAUAAGGAACACAAAGACCAUUACGGGGAUGAGUCCGACAGCUUUAUAGAUCAGGUUGAGGAAUGGCUUGAUGAUACAUCAACGUCAAGACAAAAACUUGCUGAUUCUUCAAACACAAGAACGAACGCUAACAAAUCGGAUGUGAAAAACCUUGAACAGUUCAUUAGGAAGAACGAUGUUUUAUUUAUGAAUGGCAGUGAUAACGAUAAAUACACUAUUGAUGCAAAUAUAGUGGCAAAGCAAAGUGACAAAUUCAAAGAAAAUUGGAAAAACGAGUUCACAACAUGUAAAGGUUUGUUUUGUGAUGAAAUCGACGAUGAAGACAUUGACAUAUCAGGUAUUUUAUCUGGAAGCUAUGACGAUAAGAUUGCACGGAUCGGUAGUAUACCAAUGUAUGUCUGCGGACUUGAUCGCGAGAAUCACCCAAAGAUUCAUGACAUAGAGUUUUGUUGAGUGUUAGUAUCUGCCUUUCCAAGAGUUUAUGACAGUAGUUUUUGACAGGUGAUAGCUUAGCCACCCAGAACGUAUCUUAGGACCGAAAUUGGCUUUCUCCUCAUCUCGUAUAAAUAAAAAGAUCUCGA